AUGGGUUUGAUAUCGUAUUACUGUUUGCUGGUGGUCGUUUUUAUAGCUUUGAUCAUCUAUGAUCUUCUAUUUUAUACGACAUAUUAAAAUGACGUUUGCCCACCAAUAGAGUAUACCGAUGCUUCGGCUGAUGAAACCACAACAGAUGAGAAUGCAGCUGGAAAUCGAAUAUUAAAUCUGAUGGAUUAGAAUAUUGAUGAAUUUAUCAACUCUUAGCUUGCAACCUAAGACGAAACAACAACUGAUGAAACAACUACAGAUGAAACAGCAACUGAUGAGGCAACAACUUCAUCGUCAGCAUUUGCAAAUCAAUUAGUAUAAUUUAUUUUAUUAUAGGUAACAUUACCUUUCAUAAUUAUCUUACUUUAUUGCGGAGUGAUUGGUUUAAUUAUGUUAGCAAUGUUGGGUAUUUACUGUUUUGGCAAGAUGCCUAGUGAGAAAUUUGGGAAUUUAAGUAUUAAUUUAAUAGUCAAUUAUUCAAUUAGAUAUGUGUUGGGCUUGCUUAGGCAUCUAUGUAAGAAAUUUUGCCGUUUUGACUAGAUUGUUAUCUUGGGUUGGGAUCUUGUUAAUGGCUAUUCAUGCUAUCAUAACUAUAACAAAUGAGGAGUGUUAGGAUGCAGUCCAUGAAUACAAAUAAAAUAGGAAGAUAUAUCGUGUGGUAUAAUUAUUGAUUCAAUAAUCAUGAAAGGAAGGAGCUAUGUAUGAUUCAUCAAUUCUCUUAAUAAUUGUCAACUUAUGUUUUUGGGGAGCAACCCAUUGUCUUUUGCCAUCUCUGAAACUAUUCAUAGAUGCAGAAUCCUUCUUAUAUGAACCAUUUGAUAGAACCAAAGGUUUAGCCUAUUGGUUCUGUUGUAUUAUGCUUGGGCCUUGA